AAAAUAGAGUGAGAAAUAAAGUAAGAAUAAAAAAUAAAAAAUUAAUCAAUGGAAAGUGAUUUUUUAUUUUUUGUUCAUACUUCAUUUCUCACUCUAUUUUUUAAUUAAAUUAUGGAGUAUAGAUGGAAAUAGUUUUAGGGUGAGAUUUAAGAUUUUUUAAAUAAUUAAAAUACUUCAAAAUUUAAAAUAAAAAUUCUAAUAAUAGUUUCUAAAAGAAUUUUUGGAUUUUAAAAUAAAAUUUUGAAAACAAUUGAAAGAAAAAGUUUUAAAAUUUUUGAAUUAAAAACAUAUUAUAUUUUUUAAUUCUUUAUUAUUUACAUUUAUACAUCUAUAAAGUAAAGAUAAAACGGUAUUUGACCUUUUUAAUAAAAAAAAUGUCAUUUUCUACUUUUAUGCUCAUUUGGUUGAAAAAGAUAUUUUAAAAUCAUUUGACAGAAUUGCCAGAAAUGAUAACUUCAAUUUUAAAUUGAUUAGUGACGUUCAAACAAGAUAUUAAAAAAUUUACACUUGGCACUUAAUUAAUUACGUAUGUUAAUAUAUAUUGCAUCUACAAAAUAUAGAGCAUAUAUAUAUACACAGAUUUCAUUUCGAAAAGAAAAUAUAUAUAUAUAUAUAAUAUACCCAGAAUUAUAUUUGAAAAUUGCAGUGGAUUGUUUAGACAGAAAAUAUACUGUGUGAGUGAUUACGUUACUUAAGUAAACUUUGCCUUACACGAUAUAAAUAACAAGAUAAUUGUACUUCAAAAAUUAAAGGUUAGGUUAGACGCGUUCACGGAAUAUCAACUCGUUUUGACCUUUCUCAACACGUCUGAUGCACCUCUACUACAUUAUUUCUCUUCUUAGAUCCCCAAAAAAAAGUCGUAAAUGAAACACAAUCUCUUAAUAUCGAGUGUUUUAAUGAGAAAUCAAAGCAAUCAUUAAACUUAGGAAACAAAAUUGGCAAGAGAAAAGAAAAAGUAAACCACAUGUGGCGGAGAUGUCGAUAAAGCCAAAAUUAUUGAAUUUGACAGAGAAAAAACAUGCCAUGCAUCGGAAAUUUAUGAGUGUGGACAUUGGACAAUAUCAUAAACAACCCGGUUUAGCCGACUAUAUAGACUAAUCACCAGAGCCGGUCCGUGUAUUUACCGGGCUGGAAGCAGAACUAAGAAAAAGUGGCCUAUUUAUAUUUAAUUAUUUGUAAAAAAACUACUUUAAAAAAUGUCACUGCGUAGAGUCUCGAACCCUUACCUUCACAUAGCUCAAAUUUCACCAUUACCACUGGAGCUACUGGAUAAAUAUUGUAAAAAUGUGGCCGCUAAACUUGAUAAUUUAAUGACGGCUGGAAGCAGCCGCUUCUCCCGCUUACCUCCAAGGCCGGCUCUGCUAAUCACCGACUAACUAAUGCUUACGUAGCAAAGCCCUGAUUAUCAUGAGAUUCGUUAUUUACGUUAUAGAUAUAUAUGUUCUUUUUUUGGAUCAAAAGUUAUAGAUAUAUGUUCUAGCACACACAUUAUCUAUAGAAUUGUAAAGCUAAACGACUACUAUAAGCAUCUUCUUGAAAGAUAAAUGGAGUUGAUGGGUUUAAGAUUCUUUCAGUUUUUUGAAAAAAUCUUAAACCUCAUCAACUUCAUUUAUCUUUCAAGAAGAUGCUAUAGUAGUCAUUAGGAAAUACAAAAUGAAAGAUGCAACUCUAUCUGGUGUGUUUUGGGGUUGGACCACUGUAUUGAGAACAUAUAUACGCCUAACAUUCUCCCGAUAUUCCAUAUGAUAUUUAACCUUGUCAAUAUACAAUAACUUAGAAAGAACAUUCUGUGAUAUACGCAUAAUAUGCUUAUAAUUUUAUUUUAAUAUCCAUUUACUGUGUAAUGAGUAAUUAAUUAGAAAAAAAUGAGUAAUUAAUUAGACCCACUAUUUGCUUCACACAGGUUGAUAUCAUGAUCGCUUCACCGUUGUAAAUUUCAAGGACGUGAGUUCCGCAACCGGCCCCGUCACCGUUAUCAACCACGAUUCACAAGCCGACACGAUGGUAGCACCACCGAUCACCACGUGUGAUCCAACCAUACGACCUUGCUUACUGACGCGUGGCCCACUACCUCGUACCCGUACAUGUGCGCCGCUUCUCCUCCUACUAGGUUUAACGGUCUCUCUCACGGUUGCAAAUCCUUCAUGCGAGUCCUCUGUUUCAAUGGUGAGAAACUGUAAGCAACUGUGGAAAAUUUUAGACAGGAAAGUGAGUGUUCCCCGCCGUAGGAUUACAACUUCACCGAGUAACAUAACUCAAACUGAAUUACCAGAUAAGACAAUGGAAGCUAAGUGUUUGCAAAGCAUGUUUGAGUUGAUUGAUUCUGGAUUCUUCAAUGAAACUAAGAUUCAGGAGAUUGCUAAUGGGGCCACUGAAAUGAACCUUCCUAUAUAUAGAACCAACCGGAAACUCGUGGCUACUAAUAAUGGCGGUUUGGAAAAUCCAUCCCCUCUGGUGUUUAAUGCGUCUUGGAACAGGGAAGUUCCACGAGCACAAGCCAAAAGAUUCAACUAUCCUUCAAUAUCUAGAGUACGACUUCCUAGAGAUGAAGAAGAUAUUGCAUUCAUGAGCGUUCUUGAACUCGGAGAACUUAUAAAGACCAAACAAGUUACUUCCAAGGAACUCGUUCGGAUUUAUCUCACGCGGUUAAAACGGUAUAAUCAUGUUCUUGAAUCGGUGGUUACUUACACUGAAGAAUUAGCAUACAAACAAGCCAAAGAAGCUGAUGAUUUGCUCUCUCAGGGAACUUAUCUCGGACCUCUUCACGGGAUUCCAUAUGGUUUGAAGGAUAUAAUUGCGGUCCCCGGGUACAAAACUACGUGGGGUUCAACUUCUUUUAAAGACCAAAUUCUUGAUAUUGAAGCAUGGGUUUACAAAAGAUUAAAAGCUUCAGGUGCAGUUUUAGUAGCAAAGCUUGUAACUGGUUCUCUAGCUUAUGAUGACAUCUGGUUCGGGGGACGGACUAGGAACCCGUGGAAUAUAGAGGAGUUCUCUACCGGUUCAUCAGCUGGACCUGCUGCUUCCACAUCAGCUGGUAUGGUUCCGUUUGCCAUAGGCUCAGAGACAGCAGGCUCAAUGACAUACCCUGCAGCUAGGUGUGGCGUUACAGCAUUUCGUCCCACAUUUGGUAGCGUUGGUAGAACCGGAGUGAUGAGCUUAUCCGAGAGUCUGGAUAAGCUUGGACCUUUCUGUAGAACAGCGGCAGAUUGCGCUGUAGUUCUUGACGCUAUAAAAGGGAAAGAUCCAGAGGAUCUCUCAUCAAGAGAGAUUGCGUUUGAAGAUCCAUUCUCAGUAGAUAUCACGAAACUCACUGUUGGCUACACCAAAGAUGCUGAUAUGAAGGUUGUGGAAGUUCUUGGGUCGAAAGGUGUCAAUAUGGUUCCUUUCGAACUAAACUAUACAGUGGAUUCUGUUCAAGGGAUAUUGAACUUCACAAUGAACGUAGACAUGUUAGCUCAUUUUGAUGAAUGGCAAAGAACAGGUCAAGAGGAUCUCUACGAAGCUCAGGAUCAGUGGCCGGUUGAGUUGCGCCGUGCUCGUGUAGUUACAGCUGUUGAUUACAUUCAGGCACAGAGAGCUCGUGGUAAGUUGAUUAGAGAAGUGGAGAAGAGCUUUACAGUAGAUGCGUUUAUUGGAAACGUGACCGAUUGGGAGAAAGUCUGCAUGGGAAACCUUGUUGGUUUGCCAGUUCUAGUGAUUCCGACAUGUUUCAAGAACAUAUCGGAACCACCGACCAAGAGUUGUCGUAGGAGGACAACGAUUAAUGCUGGAAUCUAUGCUCCUCCUGAACGUGAUCACAUCGCUUUGGCAUUGGGUAUGGCAUACCAAUCUGUUACCGAUGCCCAUAAAAAACGACCGCCUAUCGAUGAUCUUGGACCGGAUGACUCGAUACCAAAUCCGCCUAGAGCUAUAAUCCCUCCCCGAAGGUUACACAUACACGAAUGAAUUUUUAUUUUAUUUUUCCGUAGCUUUUGUUAUGUUAGGAUAAUAAUCAGCUCAAUGUUGUGUGUCUUGUUAGUACGAAGUUUAAAAUAUAUUGCGAAGUUGUGGUAACAUAUUGUUUCUGUCCCAAUGAGUUUUCAAGCCACAACGCAGUGGUGUAUUCGUUUCUUUUGUUUGGUAAUGAAAUGACCAUUUAGUCUGUCCCCUUUUUAAUUUAUUUUAAAGAAAAUUUUGUAAGUACGGACUUGUUGCUAUAAUGGGAAGGUUGAACUAUGCUCUU